AUGGAAGCCUACAAUCAAAUGGUUUCGGGAUUUAUAACCAGGAUGAAAGGUCACAUAAUCGCGAACAAGUUUGUCGUGUUAGCCAAAGUAAGACAUUUUUCUUUUAUCCCUAUCUGGAUCAUAACAGAAAGAGAAGGGACAGUUUUGUCUGCUCAUUACUUAGGUUGUAAGGCUGGGCUAGCGGAGUCAUGCUCACAUAUUGCAACAGUUUUGUUUUACUUAGAAGGAUGGACGAAGAUACGUGGAGUUCGGAAUUAUUUAGAUCUGCUGGAGGCUGAUUCUACAUUGCCUGUUAGUGCUGCAAAGAAAAUUCCAGUGCCCACAGAGGUAGAGAUGAAAACCCUUUCCGCGCAGCUUUAA